AUGGAGACUGCCUACUCAAACAUUAAUGGGCAAAUAUGGUUGUUCUUUGAUGCUGUGGUGGAAUGGGAACUAAUUGAGGAUACUGAACAACAAGUAACUGUGAAGGUGUUUCACCAUGACCUAGGGCAGCACAUGAUGAUGACAUUUGUUUAUGCAAAAUAUUCAGCCUUAGAGAGGUUGGAAUUGUGGGAGCUUUUGUAUUACUUAGCUAGUGAUAUGGAGAUGCCUUGGCUUGUAGGAGGGGAUUUUAAUAUGGUGGUACAUGAAGAUGAGAAGAUAGGGGGAUUGCCAGCACACCCUCCCGAGUAUGAGGAUUUUGCCUUCUGUGUUAACUCAUGUGGAUUGUUUGAUCAAGGGUACAAAGGGAGUCCAUUUACAUGGUGGAAUGUGAGACCAAAUGUUGAGUGCAUAUUCAAGAGAUUGGAUAGGAUCUUUAUGAAUUUUCCAUUCCAAAACAUGCUGCCAACUAUAGAAGUGGAACACUUAAUUAGAACUGGAUCAGAUCAUGCACCUUUGUUCAUGACAUGUGGGGAGCAGACUGCCAACUUUGUCAAGCCAUUCAGGUUCUUGAAUUUAUAG